UGUGUGUCCCGGUUACAGGAGAAUGUGAAGGGAGGGGGGUGUGUAAUCUGUUCUCCCCUCCCUCUGUAACCACACCUGUCGUCUGCGUACAUCUCCGAGGAGGAGGAGGAGGAAGAACGAGGAACGCCGAGAGAGAAGAGCGAGAGAGAGAAGAGCGAUCACCUGCCGCCGCUCCGACAUGACCCCUCCGGAGACCGCCUGACCCUACAGACGUGACGUCCAAUGACAUCGGGAGAGGCGGAGAGCCAGGGUGGGAUCCUCCGGGGCUGGAGCGGGGGUCUCUCCUCCCCCACCAUGGAGGAAGACUUCUACCCCUUCCUCCUGGAGAGGAGGCCAUCCUACCUGGCCGAGGAGGAGUCAGAACAGCAGGAGGAGGACCUGAGCCUGGCCCUGGAGAGGAAGAACAAGGACCUGCUAUUGGCUGCUGAGCUGGGGAAGGCCCUUCUGGAGAGAAAUGAUUAUCUGGAGAGGGGGAGGGAAGCACUGGAGGAGGAGCUCCGAGAGACCCGUGAGCGGUUGGAGCAGGAGAAGCACGCUCUGCGUCUGAAGAUGGAGGUGCGGGAGAGUGAAUGGAAAUCGCAGAUCACGGAUCUGGAGAGCGACCUUUCUGAGUCUCGGCUCCAGAUCAGACAGCUGAUGUCAGAGCACAGAGAGUGCGGACGAGAGACCUCCACCGCCGUACACGAGAUGUCCGAACAGAACCAGCGACUGCUGGAGCAACUAGCUCAGGUCUCCCAGGCGGAACAGUCCCUCACCCUGCAGCUACAAAACCUCAGAGAAGAGAACCGGGAGCUCAACCUGAGCCAAGGACACCUCGCCCCGUGUCUGCAGAGCCUACAGAGCGAGAACACCCUCCUCCUGGAGCAGAAGAAAGAUCAGGAGACCCGGAUGAGGCGCCUGGGAGAGGAACACGAGAACACACAGAACCUCCUCUUCACUCUGAAGGAGGCCGCACUCAGGAUGGAGAGGCAGAAGAGCGAGGGGGAGGCCCGGUUGCAGGAGGUCCAGGCGGAGGCCCAACACCUGAGGAACACCCAGCGCUCCCUCCAGAGCCAAGUCCAGGAACUGCAAGACGAGCUGAAGAUGAGGGACAGCCAGGCUCUGAAUAACAGCCAAUUCUCCCUCCACUCCGAGAUGGAGGACUGCCAGGUGAGGGCGGGGGGCUGCCAGGUGAGAACGAGGGGGCUGCCAGUUCAUAUGGCGGCCUAUCUGACGCAGCGGGAGAGAGACUUCCUCCAGGAGAAGGAAGAGGAAGUGAUCAGACUGCAGGAUCAGGUUACUAUCCAAUAUGUGGAGAUAAACUCUCUACGAGAGGAACUUCAGAAGCUGCGUGAGAUGUCCCAGCAGAAUGACGUCGACAGUGUCGUGAAACAAGCCAUCUCUGACCGGGAUGAGGCCAUCAUGAAGAAAGGCGAGUUGGAGCUGGAGUUGGCGAAGUGUCGCCUGGAGAAAGAUUCUAUGAGCCGGCAGCUUCUCAGUGCCGUGGAGCAAAAAGUGCUGCUGAGCCAAGAGCUGGAGGCGUGGCAGGAUGACAUGCAGAUUGUUAUCGGCCAACAGCUGAAGUCUCAGAGGGAUCAGGAGAAAGCCUCGGAGUCGGCUCCCAGCACCCCCACUAGGAAAGGGAGCACAAAACGAUCGCGGGACAGCGGCAUCUUCUCCAUCUUCAAGAGGAUUUGAUAAAGACAAUGCCAGAUUCUCAAAAUACCUCCAACCCCUUCAUUGUUUCACUAGGAGGCCUGGAACACCCUUCACCACCGUUUCUUCUGUGCCUCCAUCAUAGUGCUCAACCCAUUGACUUCAUUCCCUCCGGCGCCAUCAUCUCCAAUUCCACAUCCCCUCAGGCGCCAUCAUCUCCAAUUCCACGUCCCCUCAGGCGCCAUCAUCUCCAAUUCCAUGUCCCCUCAGGCGCCAUCAUCUCCAAUUCCACGUCCCCUCAGGCGCCAUCAUCUCCAAUUCCACGUCCCCUCAGGCGCCAUCAUCUCCAAUUCCACGUCCCCUCAGGCGCCAUCAUCUCCAAUUCCACGUCCCCUCACACUCCAUCAUCUCCAAUUCCACGUGCCAUCACCUCCAAUUCCACAUCCCCUCAGGUGCCAUCAUCUCCAAUUCCACGUCCCCUCACACUCCAUCAUCUCCAAUUCCACGUCCCCUCACACUCCAUCAUCUCCAAUUCCACGUCCUCUCAGGCGCCAUCAUCUCCAAUUCCACGUCCCCUCAGGUGCCAUCACCUCCAAUUCCACAUCCCCUCAGGUGCCAUCAUCUCCAAUUCCACGUCCCCUCACACUCCAUCAUCUCCAAUUCCAUGUCCCCUCAGGUGCCAUCAUCUCCAUUUCCAUGUCCCCUCAGGCGCCAUCAUCUCCAUUUCCAUGUCCCCUCAGGUGCCAUCAUCUCCAUUUCCAUGUCCCCUCAGGCGCCAUCAUCUCCAUUUCCAUGUCCCCUCAGGCGCCAUCAUCUCCAAUUCCACGUCCCCUCACACUCCAUCAUCUCCAAUUCCACGUCCCCUCACACUCCAUCAUCUCCAAUUCCACGUCCUCUCAGGCGCCAUCAUCUCCAAUUCCACGUCCCCUCAGGUGCCAUCAUCUCCAAUUCCAUGUCCCCUCAGGUGCCAUCAUCUCCAAUUCCAUGUCCCCUCAGGUGCCAUCAUCUCCAAUUCCACGUCCCCUCAGACCCCAUCAUCUCCAAUUCCAUGUCCCCUCAGGUGCCAUCAUCUCCAAUUCCAUGUCCCCUCAGGUGCCAUCAUCUCCAAUUCCAUGUCCCCUCAGACCCCAUCAUCUCCAAUUCCAUGUCCCCUCAGACCCCAUCAUCUCCAAUUCCACGUCCCCUCACACUCCAUCAUCUCCAAUUCCAUGUCCCCUCAGACCCCAUCAUCUCCAAUUCCAUGUCCCCUCAGACCCCAUCAUUUCCAAUUCCAUGUCCCCUCAGACCCCAUCAUCUCCAAUUCCAGGUCCCCUCAGACCCCUUCAUCUCCAAUUCCAUGUCCCCUCAGGUGCCAUCAUCUCCAAUUCCAUGUCCCCUCAGGUGCCAUCAUCUCCAAUUCCAUGUCCCCUCAGACCCCAUCAUCUCCAAUUCCAUGUCCCCUCAGGCGCCAUCAUCUCCAUUUCCAUGUCCCCUCAGGUGCCAUCAUCUCCAAUUCCAUGUCUCCUCACAUUCCAUUAUCUCCAUGACAUCUGCAGCUACCAUGACACACCCUUUAGUAUUAGUCUCACACCAUGACAUACAUUGUGACCAUAAGCAGGAGCCCAUCACCUCUCCUAUACUACCGUUCCCAAGUAUUAAGGAUCCAGCGUGUCUGUGACCUCUAUCACCUCUAUGACAUCACAGCUACUGGUCCACCACACGUAGAAGAGAGGAUAGUACAAUAUUCUAUAUAAAUCUCCAUCAUGGCUUCAACCCAAAGACAUCCCACACUCCGCCCACAUCCCACACUCCGCCCACAUCCCACACUCCGCCCACAUCCCACACUCCGCUCACAUCCCACACUCCGCCCACAUCCACACUCCGCCCACAUCCCACACUCCGACCUACAUCCCACACUCCACCCACACCCCACACUCCACCCACAUCCCACACUCCGCCUACAUCCCACACUCCACCCACACCCCACCCACAUCCCACACUCCGCCUACAUCCCACACUCCACCCACACCCCACA